CGGCCUCGGCUGUAUCUGUUAAUCCCACAGCAGCUGCCAUAUCCGAGCCGAGUACUAUCACGUCUUUUCCACUCAUUUCCAUCAGCCAUACCUAUACCUCUUCGAUAUAGCCAUUCAUCAGACUCCGAUACCAGCUGUUGAAGACAGCCAAUCUCUCAGAAGAUGUCGGGUCUCUUUGGAAGCUCCGCUGCCGCUGCUGCCGCCUCUAGUAGUAACACGAUUGGAGACCUGAAGAAUGACGUAGCGCUUUCGAACCCUCCGGAGGAUACCAUCACCGAUCUCGCUUUCUCUCCUACAUCAGACAUUCUCGCUGUCUCCAGCUGGGACAAGAAGGUCCGCAUAUACCAGAUUGCUUCUAAUGGCUCUAGUGAAGGGAAGCAUAUGUAUGAGCAUGACGCACCUGUCCUCAGCGUGGAUUUCUCCAAGGAUGGCCAGAAGCUCGCGUCCGCCGGCGCCGACAAGCAGGCGAAGGUCUGUGAUCUACAAACCCUACAGACAGUACAAGUAGCCGCACACGAACAGACCGUCCGAACAGCUCGCUUCUUCGAGCUACCAAACUCCAGCGGCCCCAUGCUAGUCACAGGCUCGUGGGACAAGACUGUCAAGUACUGGGACCUACGUCAGAGCAGCCCAGUCGGCACUGUAAAUUGCCAAGAGCGCGUCUACUCUAUGGAUGUGCGCAACUCGUUGCUAGUUAUCGGUACAGCCGAUCGUUACAUCAAUGUUAUCAACCUUCAAGACCCGCUCAAGUUCUACAAAACCCUUCAGAGUCCGCUAAAGUGGCAGACAAGAGUUGUUAGCUGUUUUACAGACGCCACCGGUUUUGCUAUUGGCAGCAUUGAGGGUCGCUGUGCUAUUCAAUACGUCGAGGAUAAAGACUCCAGCUCAAACUUUUCGUUCAAAUGCCAUCGCGAUCCGCCUCAAGGCAGCGUCACGCAGGUGUACUCGGUCAAUGAUAUUUCGUUCCACCCACAGCAUGGGACGUUCAGCACUGCUGGUAGUGACGGGACUUUCCACUUCUGGGACAAAGAUGCUAAGCAUAGAUUGAAGGGGUACCCAACUGUUGGUGGUAGUAUCACCGCUACUACUUUCAACUCUGGAGGUACCAUCUUCGCGUACGCCGUCGGCUACGACUGGAGCAAGGGUUACAAUGGCAACAGCCAGAACUACCCCACCAAAGUCAUGCUCCACCCCGUCCAGGGAGAUGAGUGUAAGCCCCGCCCCUCUGUUAAGAAGCGGUAGAAUCGUGCACAAAAGAAAAAUUCAGAUGAGGCGGGCAGGGAGAUGUCGAUAUCACCAGCCGAGGCGUCACCAAACGAACGUUUGAGGGUUGCUCUGGAGACUAUGCCGAGGCAGAAAGUAGACUUUUCGCACAUGGAGGUGUGCAAAGAUAGGCAACAACGUCGGGAAG